AUGCCUGGACGAGCCGCUGGAUAGAGUCAAAGCACAAAUCGGACUACGGGAAGUUCAAGCUUUCUGCUGGCAAAUUCUAUGGCGAUGCAGAGAAAGACAAAGGUCCUGAUAUCUGCGGCCCCGGCACCAAGAAAGUGCACGUGAUCUUCAACUACAAAGGCAAAAAUGUCUUGAUCAAUAAGGACAUCCGUUGUAAAGAUGACGAAUUCAGCCAUCUCUACACCCUCAUUGUACGGCCCGACAACACGUACGAGGUGAAGAUCGACAACAGCAAAGUGGAGUCUGGGAACUUGGAGGACGACUGGGAUUUCCUGCCCCCCAAGAAAAUCAAAGACCCAGAGGCGAAGAAGCCAGACGACUGGGAUGAAAGGGCAAAGAUAGACGACCCAGAGGACACAAAGCCCGAGGACUGGGAUAAACCAGAGCAUAUUCCCGAUCCUGACGCCAAGAAGCCCGAGGACUGGGAUGAAGAGAUGGAUGGGGAGUGGGAACCGCCAGUAAUCCAGAAUCCAGAGUACAAG